CCGCGUCCCAGCAGGCCCCGCGGACAGUGGGGCCCGCUCGGAGCCCGCGAGGCGGCCGCUGCGCCCCGGGCCCCGCCGCUCCCCUCCUGGGUGUCCGGCCCGUCGGCGCCAUGAGCUGGGAAGCGCGGCUCAGCUCGCUGCUGGCCGAGACCGACUGCGGCGUGGCGCGGGCCAAGCAGCGUCUCAACAUGACCAAUAUCCCCUCUAAAGCAGAUUUGCAGCUUGACAAAAUAAGCACUGAGAACACUGUGUUUGAUGAACGUUUGCUUGGAACCCAGCAGCGCUGUCCCACCUGCAUAGGUCUCUCGCCCUGCAACAUGGCAGCAGAGAAGCUAGCAGCCAUCACCAGUCAGCUACAUUCCCAAACCAAGAUCAUCGAAUUGCUCACUCAGUCUGUGAAUCGACUGAAGCAAGAGAAAGAGUUCCAGCAGCAGCGGAUCAAUAACCUGGAAGAGGAUGUUCAACGACUACAGAACAGCUCUUUCAGUAACUUGGAGACCUUGCUAAGGAGGAUAGAUGAACUGAAAAAUGAACACCAUAAACAGCAACAGAAAGUGUUUCAUCAGCCCCAUGGAGACCGUGAAUCCCAUCUACAUCCCUGUGCCAACAGUCCUGGAGAAAUGAGAGAGAGCAGUGAAAAACUACUGUGGCAAGAUUAUGUCUACCUGAGGAAAGAAUUGGAGCAGCUGAAGCGUAAAGUCAAUCAACAAGAGGAAGAGCUAUUGAACCAGAUGUCUGCAACUGAUGAAAUGAAGAGAACUCAAAGUCGAUACUGCACGGUGUUGGAAGAUCUGUUGAGCAACCACAAAAAACAAUCUUACAAUUUAGACCAACCCAGGAUGGAAAUGCAGAGCACCCAGCAGGAGCUCAGCCACAUCAGAUCUACAGUCGCUGACCUAAAAGAUCAAGUGAAAAGUCUGUCCUUGAAGGAGAUGCCAUCUACUGAGCCGUUAGAGGAGGACAGAGUUGAUUGGAAGAAAAGCAAGAGCUUACUGAGAGAAGCAGCGAGUUUUUCUCCAUCCUCAGGUGAAGAUUCCACCUCAGAGCUCAGCCUCAAAGACUUGAGCUCUGAUGAGCUUUCCAGCACCACAGAGAUCAAGGUGCCUGAAGAUUCUAAAGAUAUCUCUGCGCUGUGUUUUGAGCUGGAGGAGAGUAAUGCUGCAGAAGAGACUGGAGAUAUGCUAGAUGCAGAUGAUGACCUCAACAGUGACCUGUCUGACAGUCUGCCUGAACUCCAUCUGAGUGACCUUUAAUGCUCAACCAAAGGAAGCCCACUUUACCAUAAGAAGCAAAUAAAAGGUGGAAAGGAUAUUUACUUCA